AUGAGGCCACUGAGAGAUGCCCAGCUAGGGGCCUUCACCUUCUUUGCCUCCGCUCUUCCCCACGAUGUGUGCGGGAGCAACGGCCUCCCCCUCACCCCUAACUCCAUCAAGAUCCUGGGCCGUUUCCAGCUGCUCAAGACCAUUACCCACCCCAGGCUCUGCCAGUACGUAGACAUCUCCAGAGGGAAGCAUGGUAGGACUAUCCAUCUCUGUCUGUUUGUCACUGGGUCUUGUGGGGUCCUAUUCUUGAUACUGUGAAAGUGGAUCACUCCCUCAACCUACCUUCCUUGGGAGUAAAAGUGUUCUGAAUGCACUGAACCCAGCACUGGUAUAGCACUGAUAUAGCACUUAAAUAGGCAAAACUGGAUUGGUGAAAGAUAUGUAGUGGAAUCCUUGCUUUCCUCUAUUCGACUGUAUCUGGCUUUCAGUGAUUGUGAAGAAGGGAAGAAUCCAUGGAAAAUCAGGUAUCAUAGUAUCCCGAUACUGUUAUUGUGACAAUACUCCACUACCAGAAAUAUCCUAGUAUUGGGAGGGUGGGAUGUAGAGUGAAGCUAAAGAGGACUAGGGGAGAUUGGUACUCACGUGACAGACAGAUAGCAGAUUUUAAAUCAAAUCCCCUUCCCUUCGGCAUCUACUAUAUGACUGGGUGCCUGUUAAUAUAAAAUAAAAUUGUAUUUGUCAAAUUCUUCAUAAACAACAAGUGUAGACUAACAGCUUACCGAUCACUGCACCUGCACACAGCCCAUCUGUAAUUAGUCCACCCAACUACCUCAUCCCCAUAUUGUUAUUUACAUUGUUAUUUAUUUUGCUCAUUUGCACCCCAGUAUCUCUAUUUGCACAUCAUCUUCUGCACAUCUAUCACUCCAGUGUUAAUACUAAAUUGUAAUUAUUUUGCACUAUUGCCUAUUUUUUGCCUUACCUCCAUAACUUACUACAUUUGCACACACUGUAUAUAGAUAUCUAUUGACUGUACGUUUUGUUUAUUCCAUACAGUGCUAUGGAAAAGUAUUUGCUCCCUUUCUAAUUUUCUCUACUUUUGCAUAUUUGUGAUACUGAAUGUUAUCAGAUCUUCAACCAAAACCUAAUAUCAGAUAAAGGGAACAUAAGUGGACAAAUAACACAACAAUUACAUAUUUAUUUCAUUUAUUUCAUAAACAAAGUUAUGCAACACCCAAUUCCCCUGUGUGAAAAAGUAAUUGCCCCCUUACACUCUAACUGGUUGUGCCACCUUUAGCUGCAAUGACUCCAACCAAAUGUAGUUGUUGAUCAGUCUCUCACGUCGCUGUGGAGGAAUUUUGGCCCACUCUUCCAUGCAGAACUGCUUUAACUCAGUGACGUGUGGGUUUUCAAGCAUGAACUGCUCGUUUCAAGUCCUGCCACAACAUCUCAAUUGGGAUUAGGUCUGGACUUUGACUAGGCCAUUCCAAAACUUCCAAUUUGUUGCUUUUUAGCCAUUUCCAUGUAGAUUUGAUUGUGUGUUUUGGAUCAUUGUCUUGCUGCAUGACCCAGCUGUGCUUCAGCUUCAGCUCACAGACGGAUGGUCUGACAUUCUCCUGUAGAAUUCUCUGAUACAGAGCAGAAUUCAUGGUUCCUUCUAUUAAAGGCAAGUCGUCCAGGUCCUGAGGCAGCAAAGCAUCCCCAAACCAUCACACCACCACCACCAUGCUUGACCUUUGGUAUGAUGUUCUUACUGUGGAAUGCAGUGUUUGGUUUUCGCCAGGCAUAAUGGGACCCAUCUCGUCCAAAAAGUUGACUCAAAUUUGCCAAAAAGCACCUGGAUGAUCAUCAAGAGUCUUGGAAGACCGUUCUAUGGACAGAUGAUUCAAAAGUAUAACUUUUUGGACGACAUGGUUCCAGUAAUGCCUGGCGAAAACCAAACUCUGCAUUCCACAGUAAGAACAUCAUACCAAAGGUCAAGCAUGGUGGUGGUUGUCACGGACGUUGAAGGACGGGUCAGACCAAGGCGCAGCGUGAAAUGCAUCCAUGUUUAUUAAACCGAAUAAACAUACAAAACAACAACAACAGGCAACGAAACGUGACGUCGGAAGGCUAUACACACAAGCCAAACUCACCAAGCACAAAACAAGAUCCCACAACACAGGCAGGGAAAACUGGCUGCCUAAGUAUGAUCCCCAAUCAGAGACAACGAGCGACAGCUGCCUCUGAUUGGGAAACGAGCGACAGCUGCCUCUGAUUGGGAAACACACCCAGCCAAAUAUAGAAAUACAAACAUAGAAUCAACACACACAUGAUAUUCACACCCUGACCAAACUAACUAGAGUUCUAUAGGCCAGGGCGUGACAGUGGUGGUGUGAUGGUUUGGGGAUGCUUUGCUGCCUCAGGACCUGGACGACUUGCCUUAAUAGAAGGAACCAUGAAUUCUGCUCUGUAUCAGAGAAUUCUACAGGAGAAUGUCAGACCAUCUGUCUGUGAGCUGAAGCUGAAGCACAGCUGGGUCAUGCAGCAAGACAAUGAUCCAAAACACACAAUCAAGUCUACAUGAAAAUGGCUAAAAAGCAACAAAUUGGAAGUUUGGAAUGGCCUAGUCAAAGUCCAGACCUAAUCCCAAUUGAGGUGUUGUGGCAGGACUUGAAACGAACAGUUCAUGCUUGAAAACCCACACGUCACUGAGUUAAAGCAGUUCUGCAUGGAAGAGUGGGCCAAAAUUCCUCCACAGCGACGUGAGAGACUGAUCAACAACUACAGGAAGCAUUUGGUUGGAGUCUUUGCAGCUAAAGGUGGCACAACCAGCUAUUGAGUGUUAGGGGGCAAUUACUUUUUCACACAGGGGAAUUGGGUGUUGCAUAACUUUGUUUAUGAAAUAAAUAUGUAAUUGUUGUGUUAUUUGUCCACUUAUGUUCCCUUUAUCUAAUAUUAGGUUUUGGUUGAAGAUCUGAUAACAUUCAGUAUCACAAAUAUGCAAAAGUAGAGAAAAUUAGAAGGGGGGCAAAUACUUUUUCAUAGCACUGUAUGUAACUCUGUGUUGUUGUUGUUUUUAUCGCACUGCUUUGCUUUAUGUUGGCCAGGUCGCAGUUGUAAAUGAGAACUUGUUCUCAACUGCCUUACCUGGUUAAAUAAAGGUGAAAUGAAUAAUAAUAAUAAUAAUAAUAAUAAUAAAAACAGUGAAACACUUACUUACGGUGUGCAUUCAGAAGGAACGGUGUGCAUUCAGUGUAUUCCAACAGAGCCUUGACCUCCCCUUUCUAUUUGGAAAAGCACCAAAUAAUCUUGACUUCAUUGCGGUCAUAUCCAUAAGUUUAAAUGUAGACUUGUACCCCCGUUUUGUCAUUUACAGUUGAGUAAAUAUGGAGAAACACCAUCACAGGUUACAGCUCCUCAAGAGACUCUCUCAGCUUUCAACAAUGUCCGUUUUUUUUGUAGUGUUGUUUUGUGUUACAUCCGAGUCACUGUAAAAUAACUAAAUGUGUUUGGCAAUCUCCAACUGCACAAUCCUAACUUGUUACACUUUUGUUUACUACACGUAUUGCCACAAGCAUGUGUUUUAUUAAAAGUCUCACAGAAACCAGAAAUGAUCCCAAAUCCACAAUAUGCAGAUUUUAUUGGAGGAACCCAUCAUUGUUUUUAGGACACUGUAAUGUUGACACAUUAAUGAUUCCUGGCCAAAGUAUACACAGUACUGUCUUGAUGGACUUCCUGAGUUGUUAAAAGCUUGCUUUGUUUCAUCCUCUUUAUGUCCAGAUGUUUUAUGGUCAUGGCUAGACGGGAUACAGUUUAUGUCAAAUUGAUGUCAUAAUUACUUUUUUUUUGGUGCAUUUUAGCUAACCCAAACCCUUUUCCUAACCUUAACCUAAUUCUCCUAACCUGCGUAAGUUCUGCUAGCCUGCUACGAAAAGUCAAUUCUUGUCAAUUCUGACAUAAACUGUAUCCCAUUUAGUCAAAACCAUGUUUUGAGGUCCUGAACCCUGGACCCUUUGUUGUCAGAUUUUGUAGAUAACAUUUUUUUCUUCUUUUUUUUGUGGGCUGGGUGAACGGGAAGUUAUAAAUGACUAUGUACAACUUUAAAGCUUUGUAAUUGCAGAUGUGUGUUAUCUCAACACAUGGUACUAGCUUUUCAUUUAGAAGAUCCUUCCUGGCUGUUUAACAAAUCAUGGUGUAGGCUUAACCUUUAAUUUAAAGGCACACUCCUUCAUUGGAAAAACAACAAAAUGACAGCCCUACCGCUAAAAAAAUGGAGAACAAGCAGCAGACCGUAAAAUUGAGAUGUUUUGAAAUCACACAUUUUAAACAUAUAAAUCAAUAAAAUGGUGGGGCUGACCAAUGUCAAAUUGAUCGACCAUUUCACAUCUUGAGUUUUAUCACCCUUUUCUUCUUCUUCCAGAACGACUGGUUGUUGUGACGGAACACUACGAAAGCAGUCUAAAUGAUUUCCAGAAACAGGUUCAAACUGUCAGGUAUGAUUUCAAGUUUCACGUUUUUUAUUAGUCAUACAGGGUUCCCCAACUGGCAGAUUUUAAUUUUGGAAUCUGUUCCAAAGUAUUCCCACGCAUUAUAGAGAGAUACUGUAUAUGUGAUCGUAUACAACUGUAAGCAAGGUUUUGAAAUGGCUGUUUUAGUCAAAUAUUAUAUCUGUUUGGGCUUCUUGCGGUCAAUUUGCAGUCUACAAAUUAUUUGUAAUUAUGUUCCGGCCCACUGACCAUCCGCUCAAGAAAAAAUCGGCCCACGGCUGAAUCUAGUUGAUGAUCUCUGGUAUACACCGUCCAACGAAAUGCUUACUUGCAGGUUCCUUCUCGACAAUGCAGAAAUAAUAAAAGAUAAGAACAUGAACAUAAAAUAAAUGGCUCAGUAGAAUAAAAUAAACAUUUUUAACACAAGUAUAAUACAGGACGGCACAAUUUAUAGUCUAAUAUUUACACAAUAUAAAGACUAUAUAGAUAUAGUACAUUAUCAUUGUACUAUGUUAUUGAAUGUUCAGAGGACUCACCAGUUCUAUCUCUCUGUAAGCAGAAUGACCAUGGCUUAACUGAACGAAGAAGAAUAGCUUCAUUACUACAGGACUAGGCUAUGUACUACCCUAGCCAUCUACUGGUAGACUCCGAUAAUAACACAAACCUCUUUCAUCUAAAACGCUUAGACCCGGCAGGGGGGAAAAUACAUACAUAUUUAGUAGACACAAUAACCUGUUGUAGCUUUGUUGGCUGGAAAACAAAGGCCCACUCUGAGUACCAUACAUAACCUUUUUCAAGCCAAACACCACAGGAACUAAAGCCACGUCCAAGCUGUAUAUAAUGUGUAUAUAAUAAUCCUCAGGCCUUGUCUGUAUGUUACAGCACAGAGAGGGUUCUCCAGAUAGCCUAUGAGGCCUUGGAGGGACUAGUGUUUAUGAACAAACAUGGGAUGGUUCACAGAGCCCUCAAUGCACAGAACGUCCUCAUGGACGGCAAGGUAGGUUACCUCCCUUCCCUAUCAGUUGGGGUCUAAUGGAAAGGCUUUUAACGCCAUUUGCCAUUGUCAUCUAGCCUGGUUAAACCUGUGCCCUCGUUCAGUCUGGUUCAACAGGCUAAUUGUCAUCAGGUUAUUGAUGCAUUAUUGAUUAUCAUAAGGCCUAUCAAUACAUUGAACAUUGUCAUAUGUAACAUUGUUUCUUUGUAGGGCAACGUGAAGCUGGCUAAGUUUGGGUUGUAUUACAUGACAGACCACGGGGCGGAUGUGGACUUUCCUAUUGGGUAAGUCCUGUUAACAUCUAACCUCCCAUGUACAGAGAAUGCGUCAAUAGAUUUGAAAAGCAGUUACAUUGUGACUGACAUUAGAUUAGGCAGUGAAAACAUAUAUUUUAAAACAUUUUAGUCUUAGAGUGAUUUACAAUAGUGAGUGCAUACAUUUUCAUCAUUUUCUUUCUGUACUGGUUCCCCGUGGGAAUCAAACCCACAACCCUGGCUUUGCGAGCGCCAUGCUCUACCAAUUGAGCCACACAGGUUAAAAGCGAUACAUGUUCCACUGUACAGAGUUAACUAUGAUAAAUUCUGAUAUGAUAAUGGACGGUUACGUGAACCUUGAACGUCUGGAACUUGUAAUACUGUGGAUCUUCAGAUAAUGGAGGUCAUAGGUCCCUCUGUGAACACAACACAGUAUUUAAAUGCUGUUAGUGAAAUAGAAUGAGACAUUACUAUGAAAUGUAUGUGUAAUGGUCAAUCUAUUGUUUAUGAAAACCAGGUUUUGGAUAUUAAAGUAAUCCAUUGUUUCAAGUACUGUAAUAGAUAGCUGAAGUCUUAUCCAAAACCCAAGGGCCCUCAUGUUAUAGAAAGUCUUUGUGGGUAAUAUCCUGUUGAUGAAUGGGGGAAUGAUUGUGUGUGUGUGUGUGUGUGUGUGUGUGUGUGUGUGUGUGUGUGCGCCACUGCCUCUGAUGUCCUGUGUUAUCUAAUCUCCAAGUAAAACAUCUGGUUUGAAGAUGUAAUAAGCUUUAUCUGUCUAGUGUUUAUGGCGAUUCCUUGAUAUGAAGCAAUGUACUGUACACACAUCAUUUGAACAAUGACUUCAAAGAAACAUGAAGUUCCUGGAAUAUUUAGGUAGAUUAAUCAUCAAAGUCUGUUCAUUGUCAAAUGGUAUCUGUUGCAAAGAGGUUUCAUUGAAUUUAAUUCAAGACAACCUCAACGCUCUCAAGUUUGCUAUGCCUUUCAGGGUAUUCAAUUGACCCUUGACCCUUUCUCUGACUAUCUCUGUCCACAGCUACCCGUCCUACCUGGCUCCAGAGGUCAUCGCCCAGGGCUCAGUCCACCCUAGUGACCCCUCCCAGGGGGAGAACCCUCUGUCCUCGGGGCCCAAGACAGACGUGUGGUCCCUGGGAGUCCUGCUCUUUGAGCUGUGUGCAGUAAGCUCUCUUACACCACCAUGUCUUGACCUAAUGAUUGAUUGAUUGGUUGAUUGAGCUGUCAAUCAAAAGUCAGGACUGUCAAUGACAGAUGUUAUGACAAUAGUAUAUAGCCAUUGAACAGAGGGUUCAUUCUCUCCUAAUGUACUAUCAACCUUUCAAGUAAAGUUUGACAUUGUGAUUAGGAGGAAGUCAUUCUGUCCUCGUGUACUAUCAGCCUUUUAUUCACAGGGUAGAAGACUACUGCAGAACAUUGAAAUAAGCGAGAGAUUGAAAUUCAUCAUCACUUUGGGUAAGUGAACGUGUUGCCAAGUCCAUCAGCCUGGUGAGCCACAGAUUAGUUAUGAUGGGGUUGUGAAUUGUUUAUGACAUGGUGGUCUGUGUGUUUUUCCUCAGGUUGCAUUGACGACAUAGUCACAGUCCUUGCAGAGGAGCACGGAUGCUUGGAUGUGAUUAGGGUGAGUUUAAAAUCAAUCACAGGUCACUAUUUAUUACACUGGCCCUCGACACUAAAACCACUCUAAGAAAGGUUGAUUGUCCUAGAAUUCCUAGAUUGCCUAAUGUGUAGAUUGCCUAAUGUGUAGAUUGCCUAAUGUGUAGAUUGUCUAAUGUGUAGAUUGUCUAAUGUGUAGAUUGCCUAAUGUGUGGUUAAGUCAUGUUUUAUGAUGUUGUAGAUAAGACUACACCUUAUUAUACGCUGUAUUGUUGUUCCAGAAACGAAUGUGAUGGUAAAUGACGACAAUUCAUCAAAAAGCAAAACAAUGCACUGUAACUUGUAACUGGUGUGUGUGUGUGUGUGUGCGCCUCGCGCAUCUGUUAGCGUGUAUAUGUGUGCUAAUGAAAUUCACAUGCCCUCCAUUAGACGAAGUGUUUCCCUUGUAAAAAUGCUUUUAACCUUUCUCGGGCGAUUUUGUUUCUUUAGGAUGUUGAAAAGCCAUAAGAGUGGAGGGAGAUUGGGGCUGUGGGUCUGGAUUGUACCGUAACUAAUGCGAUUGUCAACGUUCUGUUACAGGAGCUGCCUGAGAACGUUCUAACGUUAUUAAGGAAAUGCCUGACCUUCCUACCCUCCAGAAGGUAACUCGACCAGAGAUGUUUUAUGUCAUGUGGAUUGGACUCUAUUGUGUUGGCUAUCAUUUCCUGUUGGGAGGCACAUUCUCCAUGCCUUCUCAGGGUAAUGGCAGGGUAAUGGCAGGGUAAUGGCAGGGUAAUAACAGGGUAAUAACAGGGUAAUAACAGGGUAAUGGCAGGGUAAACACGUGAAUAACAUCUGCAAGAAAGCAGAAUUCAGUCAUAGCGAAAGUGAUCUAAAACAUGCCCAAAUGAGAACAUGGUACGUUUAGAGAGAACAUUUGAGAACACUUCACAUAACAUUCUGGUAGUGAAAUCUGAACCUUUUGAUGAAGUGCGUCGAUAUGUUUUCAAUGCGUGUUCAGUAAAGUGUGAGAUUUCACUCUGUGCUUCCAUCCAGACCCACCCCUGCAGAGCUGCUGGUUGACCCAGUGUUUGAGGGCGUGUCGUGUCUCUACACCCCGUUCCAGCAGCCCGUCGGGCUGUUCUCCUCCUCCCUGCGCUGUGCCCACCUGGAGCUACCAGAGGACAUCAGCCAGCUCUGCAAAGGUCAGACUGCACACACACAUGCCCUGACGUGGGCACACAUAUACACACACACACACAUAUACACACAGACAGCAUAACUCCCUAUAGCUUACCCUAAUUUACAGUAUCGUCAAUACUGACAUUUUAAGAAUAAGACAUUGUUUCAAAGGUCUAAUUAUCGACAUCAUUCACUCUGAGCAUUGAUUGUGAGAAGUACUUCAGGCAUUCAUUCUCCUCUCAACGUUUUGCAUGGUCAUCAGUGAUUUGGCCUUUGAUUCAUAUUUGAAUAGUUGACAUUAUAAAUAUAAAUGUUUCUUGACCAUGGAAGACCUGGCUGUAUGGAUAAAGGAUAAAUCUCAAAGACGACCACAAAGGACUACAUUUUACCAUGUAGAGGACCAUGCAUCAUCCUUGAUGCUUUUUUUAGCAUGUUUACUGCCAUCACAUUAGUGUGUGAUUUUAUGGAACCCAGGAAUCCCUGGAAAACAGUGGCAGUUGUUACCGAGCGGACUAUCCUGGUUAAGUAAAUAUAUAAAAUGACAUUCAUUGAAAUGUGACUGAUUUUAAUGGAUUAGACAGUUAAAACAAUCUAUCAAUCAUGUCGCAGAUGAUGAUGAGGAGUACCUGGGGGAGAGGGCCAUAGACGAGGUGUACCACCUGUGGUGUUUGGCAGGAGGAGACCUGGAGAAGGAACUGACCAACCAGGGGAUCAUCCAGUCCAAGCCUCCCGUCUGCACCUUGCCCAAGUACUGUACAACACACCCUUUCUACCUAGUGUACAGUUUCAGAUAUUGUAGUUAUAUUCAGCAGGCCUUUCUACUGGACUGUCUUAGAAAAUGUAGUUAUACACAGCAAGUCUUUCUACCGGACUGUCUAAGAUAAUGUAGUUAUAUACAGCACGUCUUUCUACUGGACUGUCUAAGAUAAUGUAGUUAUAUACAGCACGUCUUUCUACUGGACUGUCUCAGAUAAUGUAGUUAUAUACAGUAUGUCUUUCUACUGGACUGUCUCAGCUAAUGUAGUUAUACACAGCAUGCCUUUCUACUGUCUUAGAUAAUGUAGUUAUAUACAGUAUGUCUUUCUACUGGACUGUCUCAGAUAAUGUAGUUAUAUACAGCAUGCCUUUCUACUGUCUUAGAUAAUGUAGUUAUAUUCAUCAUGCCUUUCCACUGUACUGUUUCAGAUCAAGUUAUUAACUGUUUGAAUCGUAGAGCAAAGCCUAAAGCACAAAGUUAGAAUAAUGUUUACAUCUGAACUAGUUAACUAUAUUAAGUAGAUCCAUACUGUAGUUUAUCAUCCGAAUGAUUAAAUGUUGAAUUGAAUCUCUGUGUUAGUUUCAUGCUGGAGGAUGGGGAGUCAUUUGGCCAAGGCAGGGACAGGAGCUUCCUCCUGGAUGACACCACCGUCACACUGUCUCUGUGCCAGCUGAAGAAUGUGAGGACAUCACUGUGACUAAUAGAUUUAACAUUACCGUACAAUAACAGGAGAAAUACAUUGCAAUAGUGCAUUGGUCUCGACUUGGACUGUAAUGACCAGUGUACUACCAACACCUCACAACAGUUUAUUUUAUCCACAUGGUUGAAUCCGAAAUGAACCAGAAAAUGUGUGCUGAGAAUUAAAAUCUGACUUACUUCUCUCUUUCAGAGACUGGAAGACGUGGCAGGAGAAGCAUAUUACCCUUUAUUGGAAGAUGAGUAAGAAUCCCCUCAUCUUUUACUUCUCAAUUGUCACAUAUGUCCUCAGCUCUCAUAUCCCUUCUCUAUUUUUCAUUUUAUGGCUUGUUUUUUUCACUGACUGAUGGAGAUGGGUAAUGUUCCCUUCUUGCUUUUUUGUUUGCUUGUCUCUCUGUGUGUCUCUCUGUGUCUCUCUCUCUCUGUGUCUAUCUCUGUGUCUCUCUCUGUGUCUCUCUCUCUCUGUGUCUCCAGACAGUCUAGUCUGUCCCAGUCCAACAGCAGCAAUGAGCUGUCUUGCACCGUCACGCUGCCACUCAUCAUCAGGGAGAGGGACACAGAAUACCAACUCAUCCGCAUCAUCCUCUUCGACAGGCUCCUCAAGGUCAGAGCUCUAACACACACACACACACACACACACACACCAUUCUCUCACAACCCAGUACAAAUUCAAUCACUCUGCCUCAGCAGUUUUAAGACCCCCCAGUUCCCAAUGAUUCCAGGAAUAGAAAGUCACAUUGACCCUGUCCUGAGAUCACACUCAUUUACUCAUCUUUGUGUUCCUGUCUGGUGAUUUUAUUAAAGUCUUCUAUUGGUGUGUGUCCAGGCCUUGGUGUUUAUCUUGAUUGUAUCAGGUGUUGAAUGAAAGUGGAGCUACGUGUUAUAACAACCAGAUUAGUAAAAUAUAGUGUCUUCUCAAUGACUUGUCUGGCUUAUUAAAGUUUUUAAUUACAUUAAGAAUAUAAUCUUAUAAUUAGAUAAUUCUCUGGUUGUGCUGUUUGUCCCACAGGCUUACCCAUACAAGAAGAACCUGGUGUGGAAGGAGGCGAGGGUGGACAUUCCUCCCCUCGUACGUGGACUGGCAUGGGCUGCUCUCCUGGGAGUCGAGGUAGGACAAACGGAUAACCAUAGAGAGAAAUACGUUGUUUUGUUUGUAGAGAUAAAUCAAUCUGAUAACCAUAGAGAUUAUGGACUUGAUUUACUGCUGAUUUUCAUUUAAUACUGUGCCUUGCAAUGAUAAUGGGAAGUUGGUUUGGUUGAUUAGAAUCCCUUUUUCUCUCUCCAGGGGGACAUUCAAGCCAAAUAUGACAGCAUUGAUAAGGAUACCCCUAUACCUACUGACAGACAGGUACCUCUUCUUCUCAUUGUGGACUGGUUAUCAGGCAAAUGAAUUAUUUUUGGCAAUUUUAUAAUUUCAUAUUGAACAGAUAUAUAUCCAUCACAUGCUUUGGUUCAAACACUUCUACUGUGUUUGUUUUUCCCCCCAGAUUGAGGUGGACAUCCCUCGCUGUCACCAGUAUGACGAGCUGCUGUCCUCGCCACAGGGCCACAGGAAGUUCAGGCGUGUGCUCAAAGCCUGGGUGGUCUCUCACCCUGACCUGGUCUACUGGCAGGGUCAGUCUUUCACUCUGUCAAUCUGCUGUCACUGUCUGUUGCUGUGACUCACAUCCAUGCUGUGUUGUGGUCAAUAGACCACUAGGUGGCAGUCAAGUCAUACAUUUUCAAUCCAGCCUAUCCAAUUCAAUUCUAGUGUUGAUGUGGUUUACAAUUGUACCCUGUGUUUUGUUCAGGUUUGGAUUCGCUUUGUGCACCAUUCCUCUGGCUGGAUUUUAACAAUGAAGGUAAGGGUAUUCCAAUCCUUCUUAAAAGAGGGAAUUGUUGUUGAUUUGCAGAAGUACAAUGUGUAUCGCUGAUACUCCCUUCUCUCUUCUCCUCAUCUUCCGCGUUCUUUUUGUCAGCCCUGGCGUACGCCUGCAUGUCGGCCUUCAUCCCCAAAUACCUGUAUAACUUCUUCCUGAAGGACAACUCUCACGUUAUCCAAGGUGAGUUUCUCCAUGUACAGUGA